AUGGAACCCCUGGGAAGUAGUAUCGGGAAGGAUGGCGCCAAACCUGACGAGACGAGGAAACCCAUCCCAGCCAUGGGCAGUUCAAGAGCAGCGGACCCAGCGCCAGCAAAGCCUAAGCCAGAAACUCGUAAACCAGCAAAUGCCGAGCCAGCAAAUCUUGAGCCACCGAGCGCGGUGCCAGCAGUACACCCAGUGCUAGGAGAAAUCCCACGCCUAACAGGACCGCUGCUACCAGAAAUCUCGACGCUGCCAAGGUUUCCAUCGCCAGCAAUGCAACUCCCGGAAACCACGCCGCUGCCACCGCUGGACUUAGGUUCGCCGCUACUAGAAAUCCCGCCGCUGCCACCGCUGGACAUGGGCCCGCCACUACUAGAGAUCCCAGAACUCCCGCCACCAGAUUUUCCAUUGCAGUUGCUAGACAUCGGAGUGCUACCAGACCUUCACUCACCAGAAAUCUCAGAAUCAGAAGGCUCGCCGCUACCUCAACCUUCAUCAGCAGAAGAAUCAUCGUCAGAAAGCCCAGAACAAGAAAGCUCAGAAUCAGAAAGCCCAAGACUGCUGAACUCAUCACCACCAAAAACCCCAGAACUAGCGAGUAUACCAUUGCCAGAAAUUCCAGAAUCAGACAGCUCGCCGCUACCCGAACCCUCAUCAGCAGAAGAAUCAUCGCCAGAAAACCCAGAACAAGAAGGCUCCGAGUGGGGGAGCCCAAAACUGGUGAAUUCAUCAUUGCCAGAGAGCCCUGGCCCGGCGAAUAUACCAUUACCCGAAAGCCCAGAACAAGAAAGCUCCGAGUGGGGGAGCCCUGACCCGGCGAAUAUACCAUUACCCGAAAGCCCAGAACAGGCGAACUCACGACCACUCACUGAUAAUGCCAGUCUUCCUUGGACCGAUAGUCCGAAUACACGGCUGAGUCCGUCUCUCGAUUUUUCGGAGCUCAACAGCGAACCGCCUCGGGACAAUAACAACACAGACAAUACCAGGUUCCCGCAAUUCUAUGCAUUCAACGUCGACAUCGGCGAAGACCAUUUGACUCACGGCCCCGACAGCGAAACCAUCACGGUUUGUUUUGACACGAGAGGACUCGACGACAUCCUCCGACCUACCGUGUAUCAACCCCCGGGGAAUAUAUCGAAACAGGCUAGGGACAGUGGACCCAAAUGGAAAAGGGAUAGUGGUCUCGGGACCCCCUCACCUACUACUGCGUAUCCACCCCCUGGGGCUGUGAGCCAACAUCGUGCCUACUCCCUCGGCUGCCUCGAGGACCGUAUCGAAACCCCACCCGACACCCCUUCCUAUGCCGCGUGGUGCCGCUGGUACCGCCGCAAGUCUCGCCGGUCUCGCAUGAAUGAGGAGAAUUGGAAUGAGGGUAUAAUACGCGGGGGCAGCGACGGUGGCUUUGAGAUGCCUGAACUCAUUUGGUAUCCACCAUCUGAGUCGGGACCCGAGACGGCCGCCGACGGUGGAUCCCAGAUGGUCAACGGCAUCAAUCCCGAGACGGCCGCCGACAGUGAAUCCCAGACGUCCACCGGAAGUGAGUACCAGACGGCCACCGAGGGUGAAGCUCAGACGGCCACCGAGGAUGAAUCCCGGACAGCCACCGAAGGUGAAUUCCAGACGGCCACUGAGGUUGAAUCCCAGGCUGGCGCCGAAGGUGAAGCCCAGACGGCCACCGAGGGCGUAGCCCAGACUGGCGCCGAGGGUGAACCCCAGACGGCCACCGAGGAUGAAAUCCAGACGGCCACCGAGGAUGAAAUCCAGACGGCCACCGAGGAUGAAGUCCAGACGGCCACCGAGGAUGAAGUCAAGGCUGGCGCCCAACAGGUAUCAGUGUCCACUCCUAGUUCCACUAAAUUCCCCAAAUCCAAGGCUUGCCCAAGACCCCAAGCCUCAAGACGUCGAAGUCCCUAA